GCUGCCUUUGCCUCAGCGAGUCCUUGUCUUGUCGUCUCCCUUCUUCAGGUGACUUUGGUCGCAGAGUCUGCUGCCUGCCGCCGCCGGCGAAGUUUAGUUGCAGCCCUUAAAGCGCCCCAGCGUCCCCCCGGAGCGGCAGCGGCGAGUCCAUGGAGAAGGGCCCGGUGCGGGCGCCGGCGGAGAAGCCGCGGGGCUCCAGGUGCAGCAAUGGGUUUCCUGAACGCGAGUCGCCGCGGCCCGGGCCCAGCCGGCCAGCGGAGAAGACCCCGGGACCCGAGGCUAAGAGCGCCCAGCCCGCGGACGGCUGGAAGGGCGAGCGGCCCCGCAGCGAGGAGGACAACGAGCUGAACCUCCCCAACCUGGCGGCCGCCUACUCGUCCAUUCUGCGCUCGCUGGGCGAGGACCCCGAGCGGCAGGGGCUGGUCAAGACGCCCUGGAGGGCGGCCACGGCCAUGCAGUUCUUCACCAAGGGCUACCAGGAGACCAUCUCAGAUGUCCUAAACGAUGCUAUAUUUGAUGAAGAUCAUGAUGAGAUGGUCAUCGUGAAGGACAUAGACAUGUUUUCCAUGUGCGAACAUCAUCUAGUUCCAUUUGUUGGAAAGGUUCAUAUUGGCUAUCUUCCUAACAAGCAAGUCCUUGGCCUCAGUAAGCUUGCGAGGAUUGUAGAAAUCUAUAGUAGAAGAUUACAAGUUCAGGAGCGCCUUACGAAACAAAUAGCCGUGGCCAUCACAGAAGCCUUGCAACCUGCUGGAGUUGGGGUGGUGGUUGAAGCAACACACAUGUGUAUGGUAAUGCGAGGGGUACAGAAAAUGAACAGCAAAACCGUGACCAGCACGAUGCUGGGCGUGUUCCGGGAAGACCCAAAGACUCGGGAAGAGUUUCUAACUCUCAUUAGGAGCUGAACUGCAGCGUGGGCCAUGUGCUUUGCAGAUCCAACUGCUAGUGGCAUUGUUUGUCUGGUCUUAAUUGUUUGUACAUUCCAUUUUUAGUUGUUACAGAUGUGAACUUUAUUCCUUGUCACUAAUUGUGUUUAAGAAUUAUUUAUAGCAAGUCAAAUAAAAAUAAUUUAUAAAGGGGUGAGCCCUCUACUUUAUUCUUGCCAGUUUUAGUGUUGACGUUAAAGUGAACUGCAAUAGCGUAAGUUCUGUGCACAAAACCACUGCCAUUCCGAUAACCUGAGGGUGCUGGGAAAGGAGAAGAAUUAAUGUAUUUGAUUGCAAUAGUGUGGUAAUUUGACACUUAGGCAUAGGAGUGUUGGGAAUGGGCGAGAGCUCUAGCCGUUACACUGUUUUGUCCUUUCCAAACAAAAAAGUGCUGAAAAUAAUUUAUGUACAGUGUGCAACAUUGCUCUGUGAAUCAAGUCCAACCGGCUCUACUGUAAUCAUGUUUACUAAACCACCAGUGAUGAUUUUUUAAAACAUAUAUUUAUUUUUUAAAUACCAAGUUGUAAUGUUAGUCACCAAUGGAAAGUGGUGGAAUAGCCGUACUUUGGGUUUUACCGUGAGUUAAAAAGGCACAUUUCUACCUUUUAUUCUUUCUUAGCUCAUGUACAGGAAAUUAGUUCCUGGAGUUGUUUAUGGUGUAUUCUCAUGUCAACAUACAGGGAUUUAGACAUUUAACUCUCUGUGCCUUGAUGGGAACAUCACACCAUUCAGAGUGUAGGUACUUUUGCCUUUCUUUGAAAGCCAUUAGUUUAUAAGACUUAGUACUGACAUUGCAAAUAACUAGUCCUCACAGUUUUACCUUCAGAAUUUCCUUGGGUGUUUACUUUGCGUGUUCCAUGUAGAUGCCUCAGAACAUUUUUUAAAAUCUUGUCACAUAUUUUUCUAAAUAUUUCCAGAAAUUUUUAAGGGUGUCCAUCAUUUUGGGGUCUGCCGAACCAUAGCUUCCAUGAACAUGAGAGAAUAUAGAAUGAACUAAUUGUAGACUGCAUUUUGAGAGUUGUCUACUGUUCUAUGAAAGCUGUAUUGUUGGUGUUUGUGAAAAUGUACCAGGAAACCUAUGGUACUGGUUUUCCAUGUGGUCCCUGUGGGUUUAGUCUUCAGUGUAACUCUGUACAGGUGAUAUAGGUAUUUUAGUCUAGGAAGCUGUUGCCUUAUUACUGAUUAUCAUAAAAUUUCCUUCACUGGGGCAGUGUGGGCCAAAUUAAAACAAAACAAAACAGCUCUUGCAAAAGUACAAAUACAGUAAUUCCACAGGGAAGUCUCUUAUUUGGUCAACAUAGUACUCUUCAGAUUUAUCCCAUUACCUUAAGAAGAAUUGAUUUAACUUUGGAAGUUCUGUUAAGUCUUACCUUUGCCACUUUGAUGUCAUUUGGCUUAUGAUGGGGCAAGAUGGCAGAGGUGUCUUUGUUUUUGGUUUUUAAUUCUUCCCUACUUCUAAUAUUUUCUAGCCUUUUCUAUAUUUGGAAUUUGUAGAGUAUUGGUUGAUUCUGAGUUCUUCUUUAAAUUGAACAUGGUAUAAAUGUUAUCCUGCAUAAUAUUUAAACAUAUAAGUAAAAACAGAUGUGACUUAGAGGACCAAAGAAAUUGUUAGCUAUAAAUUUAUCUUUCUGAGAUCAUUUAUAUUCCUUUUUAAUGACUCUUUUGUUCUGACAUUUCCUAGAAGUCUUCUCAUAAAGAUCUAAUGUAUUUGCAGUCUGUUCUCUUAUUGGUUGCAAAGUAAUUACCUUAUUUAUUUUACUGUGGUCUGUAGUACUUCAAAAUUACCUUUUCAUAUUCAUGACCUUGAGUCAUUUUUUUGAGAUUUUUAGAAAUUUAAUGUAUUUAAAUACACUGUUCGAUUAAAUUGUUUGAAUUUUAUGUAUGUGUAUGUAUGUUCCUGAAGUUGGUUCUGUUUAAAUUAUUAAAGUGCUGUCACUUUGUUCUUGUGAAAGUCGUUUCUUUUUGAGCCACCAGUAUACAUAUCUCAAUUAACCUGGUUAUUUUAACUUUAUUCUGUUUUUGCAAAGAUACCAAUCAUAAGGGCUCCUCACAGCCAUCAAGCUAUUAGAAUAUGCAUCCCAGUGUCCAUGCAGAUCAGUCUCGGGCUCUGACAGUUUCUCUGGCUUGGUCUGGGUGUUACUCUCCUCACCUUCUGGUCAGUAGCGGGAAGGGAAGAUCUGGAAGAGUGAGGAAGCUGAGUGGCCCUUGGAUCCUUGCUUGUCCAAGGCCUGUUAUAGUACCUGCAGCCUCCUGGAAAGUGGUACUGCUGUGGCAACUGUUGGGGAAGGAGGAGUGCGCCAGGGCAGGGAGCCGGGCAGUGCAGGCAGAGGAUGAGGCUUUCCUUCUCCCACUAGGGAAGAGAGAGGCACAGCAAAACUUCCAAGUAGGUGCAGUAGGUUUUGCUGCCUCUUUUCUGUCUUGUGUCAGUGACCUUGUCCUUCUCUCUGCUGGGCGGUCAUCUCCUCUCUUCCCUGCUGCAUUGAGGCAGAGGCCCUUGCUGGUUGUCAGUGUGUCCAUGUGUUAGUCCACUGUAGUGGCCUGCUGCUCCCUGGAGGACCCUGUGGAUUAUUGGGUAGUAAAUCCAAUCACCCAAACUAGGAAUGCUUGCCAGCAUAAGACAUCCCUAAAACCACUAUUCACAGGUUUCAAUAAGACAAUGAGCUGCUCAGCUAAACUCACGUUGCUGCUGCUGGGCUUUUUAAUUGAUAUAGAUUGGCCAAGUUCUUUGUUUUGUCACUUAGUGGAAGAGCAGUUGCAGACACUAAAGGUUGUAAAGAAGGCUUUCCACCAACACAAAACACCUGAUUCACCAUGGUGGGCUUGGGCCUUCCUGCUGCUGUUGAGCAGAAGAGGAAGUCCCAGUAGACGAGUUCAGCUUCCUCACUCUCACCACAGAUCUCCCCUUCCCAUCACUGAGGGGGCUGAGGAGAGUAAGACCCAAAGAGAAAUACCUGACAGUCCCAACCCUCCCUGAGGCAGCACUUGCUUUAUUUUCAUUUUCAUUUUAGUUUUUAUUAUGGGAAAAAUAAUGCAUGUACAACAGUCGAGAGACUAGCAUAAUGAACCCUCACAAUUCUUCACCCAGCUUCAACAAUUCCAAACUCAUGGCCAUCUUGUUUCCUCUCUCCCAUCUCCACUGGCUUAUUUCAAAGUAAAUCCCAGACAGCAUUUUACCCAAAAAUAUUCCAGACGAUGUGAAAGAAGGGAAUGCAUGUAAAAAAAUAACUAAAUGCCAUUAUCACACAAAAAAUAACUCUAUGAUAUCCAAUAUCAAGUCAGCAUUUAAUUUCCCCUUUUUGUCUCAUAAUUUUUUUUUUCUUUUUUUUUUUUACAGUUUAUUUGAAUCAAGGUGCAAUGAUCUGUUCUUAAAUCUCUUUAAAGUUACAGAAUCAACUCGCUCACUCAUAUUUUCCUUACACUUUAUUUGGACAUUUGCUUUUGGAGAAGUCCUGUGUUUACUGCAAGAAAUGUCCAAUUGCUGGCAUGUCUGUGGCUCCCCAGAUGAGUGAAACUUCAGCUAAGCAGAUGAGAGAAGGGUUGUUCUCCGCCUCAGCACUUCUCUGCAUCCUUAAACUCCCACCCAGGCCUGUCUGGUACCUGCCCUGGCCUUCAUCUUGGACACAGCUCUCUUCUGUCUUUCAUAACUCAGAGCCAGCCUCCCAGGAACUGAAAAGAGUUCAUUCCUUUUUCCUGGGUCUGUCCUUUCUGGACAGGCUUCAGUUUUAAAACAUUUACCACAUGGCUUACUUGACUUCAGCCUGGUAGACUCCUUAGCUGCCAAGAUUUUGGUUAAGGUGGAGGAGUUAUUACAGGACUGGAAACAGUGAAUCUGACAAAAACUUGACAUCACUCUGAGGGCCAGUCCCUGGGCAAUUCCAAGGUUUGAGUUGGAUGCAGGAGUACUUGGGUUUUCCCCACCCCCUGGCUUCUUCCACUACAUUUCCAGGACCCUCUGAAUAAGAAUACCAGACUCUGGCCCAUCUGGAAUGGCGAAGGGAAGUGACACACCAGUCCUGUUUUUAAGCAGCUUCUUUUAUUCCCUCCCUUAUGGUGUAGCUGGAAACCCUGGUGGUGCAGUGGUUAACAGCUACAGCUGCUAAUGAAAAAGGUCAGCACUUCGAAUCCACCAGGCGCUCCUUUGAAACCCUAGGGGGCAGUUCUACUCUGUCUCAUAGGAUUGCUAUGAGUCGGAAUCAACAGCAACGGGUUUGGUUGGUUGGUUGUUUUUUUUAUUGGUGUAGCUAUGACUUGUUUACAAGUCCUGUUGGGAUAAUAUCUAUCACAGGCAUGACACAGCCCUAAUGCGUCUAUUCACUUUUCCUCUGAUUUGACAGUUGACAUGGUUUGACUGUCGGUGAGCACUGUGAGCCUGUGUUAAGGGAAUCCUCUGAAGAAAUGCCUGGCUCGUGGGAAGCCUUCCUGAGGCUGCCGCACUUAAAGCUGAUUUUCUCCUGAUUUUAGGAUAUGGGUUUCUUCUCUCUCCUUUUCCUGGCUCCUUUCACAUUUGAAAAUGCACUGAACAAAUAGACUACCUGAAAUUUUUUUUUCAGAUUUGUCUUUGUGUGGCAUUUCACAGUAUACAUCUCUGAAUACUAAUCUUUACAGGCAUAUUCUGUCUUGACUAGUAACUUUCUUUAUGGAGAUUUUUCUUUUUGCAGGGCCAUUUUGUUCUAAGAUUUAGGGAUAAAUUGAAUAGAAAAUUAAAAAGCUAGUAAAUAAAUGUAGCCCUGAUGGCGAGGUGGUUAAGAGCUCAGGCUGCUAACCAAAAGGUUGGCAGUUCCAGUCCACCAGCUGCUCCUUGGAAAAACCUAUGGGGCAGUUCUACUCUGCCCUAUAGGGUCGCUGUGAGUUGGAAUUGACUUGACGGCACACCACAACAACAGUGAAUAAAUAUCAAUUUAAAACCAUUCUGACGGGCAGAGACCACAGGAUUAUCUUAUCUUGGUCAUUUGGAAAGUGCCUUUAAUCAAGGACCACUCAUCUCAGAGCAAAAUUUCUCACUUAGAGUCUCAUUUCUUCCUAUUCCUGAAAGUCAAUUCACCUGUGAGUAGGGAGCAGGUGAACUUAAAAACCUUAUCCAAAUCUUAUCUGACUGUCUAUGCACGAGGAGAGUGACUUCUUAUGUCAAUGCUUGAACAUUUUGUUAACAGAACUUCCAUAUAAAUUUGUUAUUAUUGUUAGAUGCUGUCAAGUCGGCUCUGACUCAUAGUGACUCCAUGUAUAACAGGAUGACACGUUGCCUGUUGCUGUGCCAUCCUCACAAUAG